GGAAGUGACGUCACGCCACCAGCCCCCCUUUUUUCUCGGAGCUCUGAGACCUUCUCGGCGUUUGUCCGAGGGCUCUCCACUCCGCUCGUCCCCCUCCCAGAAAGAAUAGACUUUCCGCCAUUGGCAUCGCAUUGAGACGCUGCAUCUUCCAUUCUCGGACCGGGCGAUUCUGUUUGCUGCAGCCGAGCUUUGGCCGAAAGGACUUCUAGAUCUUUACAGAACAGGAUAUUUUCUGUGUCCUUCCCUGCUCUGCUCAUGCCUACCACAGGAAUAGGACUUCCUAAUUAUUUGCUGAAAGAAUUAAAGAAUAAGCCAGACCUGAAAUAAACUUCCAGUACCUACAGUAAAUGAAAUAGAAGAGGACUCCAUAUAACCCUGUAUUAAGAGGAAUGGAGAUUGCCUCUGUCCACUUAGAUUCAUAAGCUGUCCCGAAGUGAUCUUGGCAUCAGGGAAGGGAGUGUUCAGGCACAUUUCACCAUCAGCAUCACGGGAUGGCAGCCAUUGAUUUGUCCCAUGGUCUUCUUUCUAGAGAGCCUGUCUACAUCUAUGAAGAAAAUACAGAGGAGGAAGAGACGGUGACUGACAACCAGGCAAAUUGUUACCAGGAUUCAGUGACCUUUGAUGAUGUGGCUGUGGAGUUCACCCCAGAUGAGUGGACGUUACUGGACCUGACUCAGAGAAACCUAUACAGAGAGGUGAUGCUAGAGAACUACGAAAACUUGACCUCAGUAGGAUGUCAGUUCUUCAUUCCUAGUCCGACUCCCUGGUUAAAACAAGAAGAGCUGGAGACAGUGGAAAGUGCAGUUCCUCAACAAUUGGAAUUGCAACCUAGAAUUGAUGAUACAGAGCUUCCGAAUUAUUUUAAGAUGCAAAGUUCCAGUGCAAUAGAAAUGGUGGGUGAUUCAUCCCUUCCUCAACAGUCAGAAAACCAUAAUGAGGGGGACCUAUGUGACUCUAAGCCAUGUGGAGAAGUGUUGGGGGAACAAUUAUGCCUUAACACAGAGGUGAGCAUGCAGAGCCAAGGAUACAGUUCUGAGUGUAACUGGUAUGGGAAAGACAUUCUUUCUUUCCUCAAGGAAACCUCUACUGGACAGAACGUUUCUGAUCUUAAUCAGUGUGGGAAAAUCUUCAGUCUGACUCCAAACAUCAUGUACCCGAGCACUAGCACAAAUGAGAAGCCCUUUGAAUGCACAGACUGUGAGACAGCCUUUUUUAAUCCGUCGUACUUUCAGACAGAUUUGAGGCCUCACAAUGGAGGAGAGCCCUAUGACUGGAAUAAAUAUGGGAAUGGUUUUAUUCACCCCACAAGCUUUGCUAUGCAUCUUCCAAUUCUCAAUGCAAGAAACCCCUACAAGUUUGAGGAAUGUGGAAAGGACUUUCAGUAUUUUGCAUGCCUUAAUAAUCCCAUGGGAAUGUGCACUGGAGAUAAAUUCUGUGACUGCAAGGAAUGUUGGAAAGCCUUCACGGUUUCCUCACACCUAACUCAGUAUGUCUCAAUUCAUACUGAAGAAAAAUCCAAAGUAUGUAAGAUAUGUGGGAAGUCCUUUGCUAAUUUUUCUCGACUUUCUGCACAUGUAAAAACUCACAAUGAAGAAAAGCCCUUUGUAUGCAAGGAGUGUGGAAAGGCCUUUAAAAAUAUGUCAUACCUUAAUGAUCACGUUAGAAUUCACACUGGAAUAAAAUCAUACAAAUGUAUGGAAUGUGGGAAAGCCUUCCUUCGAUGGUCAGGCCUUACUGAACACAUAAGAGUUCACACUGGGGAAAAGCCUUACGAAUGUAAGGAAUGUGGAAAAACCUUUUCUAGAUCUACUCAGCUUACUGAACAUAUAAGAACACACACUGGAAUCAAACCUUAUGAAUGUAAGGAGUGUGGGAAAGCCUUCACUCAGUACUCAGGCCUUGCCACACAUGUACGAAUUCAUAGUGGAGAGAAGCCCUUUGAAUGUAAGGAAUGUGGGAAGGCCUUUACCAGGACCUCUGGCCUGAUUCAUCAUGUGAGAACUCACACAGGAGAGAAGCCUUUUGAAUGUGUUCAUUGUGGGAAAACCUUUAUAACUUCCUCCCAUCGCACAAAACAUCUGAAAAUUCACAGUGGCGAAAAGCCCUUUGUGUGUAAUAUAUGUGGGAAAGCAUUUAUAUAUUCCACAUCCCUUAACAUUCACAUGCGAACCCAUACUGGAGAGAAGCCCUAUAUAUGUAAGCAGUGUGGGAAAGCCUUCGCUGUUUACUCACGUCUAAGGAAACAUAGCAGAGUCCACACUGAAGAGAAGCCCUAUCAAUGUGAGGGUAUGAGUGUUGCUAUUUAGCCCAUCUGUUGCCACCUUUAAAUAUUGACAGUGACACCAAAGAUCAUCAAAUUAGUCUUAUCUGCUUUGUGUGGGUUAUAAUGGCUCACACUGGCCUUAGACACCAUCCUAAUUUUGUGAAAUAGGAUUAUUUAGUUGCCCCUCAAACUUUCUUUUGGGCAGUGCUGAGGAUUGGCCUUGAACAUCACACAUGCUAGGCAAGCACUCAAUCACUGAGCUACAUCCCUUGAACCUUUUCAUGGAUAUCAGAGUCUGAACAUUUGUGGGUCAUAAAUGAGGCCAGUAUACAAGUUGGCCUCAUUCUGAUGCUUUACUCUUAGUGAUUAUAACAUUUCUAAAUGCUAUAAAAUAAUGAAACAGAUUUGAUCCUUUUGUUUAGUGGCUGCCAGUGUGUCUUGUUAAUGUAAAAAUUCACCACAAGCCAAAAUAAUACAGGACACAGGUGGAUUGUGGAAAGACAUAAUCCAGGCAACUAUUCUGACCCCAUUGAUUCUGCUAAGCAUACCAAGAAAUAUCCCUGUCUGUUCUUAGUCGUUGUUCUAUUGACAGAUGUUACCCUGUGUCCUUUAUAAAAUUCAAAAAGUGCAUUCCAUCCCACCUUUUGGGAUCUAUUUUGGAUUGAAUUGGCAGUAACUUUGUCCAUAUAUCCAGUGUCCGUUCCUCAGUUUGGUUGAGAUUGAUCUGUGCAUUGAACUGAGUGUUGUAAAUGCUAGGUAAGUAUUCUGCCACUAAGCUAGGUCCCUAGCUGGCUCUUAGUCUUUUUUAUACAAACUUCUCAGUUAUUGUAAUGUGGAUUGGCUGAGAGUUUUUCAAGGUACAGUUCUCUUUUGUUGAACAAUUCCUUCUUAGCUUCAGUAGUUUCCCCUUUCAUAUUUUACUAAAAAGCACUCAAGAGGAACCAAGUUGCUCCUUUUGAACACUUUAAUUACAGCUCUUACAUACAUUUCUUAUUUUAUCACUCUCAAGUUCUAACUUUCACACAAAAUGCAAGGUUCAUGACCAUUACAUAUCACUGAUUGCUUUUUCUUCAUGUUCUAGUAACAUGUUCUUCCUUCUUAAGGGAGCCCUCACCAGAAUAGUGUCUACCUAUCACUCAGUUUCAAAGUUACUUGCAUCUCUUUAAGUGUUCUUUUACUGCAGUGCCCCAGUACCACAAAACACCAUAGCCAGCACUGGCAAAAUGGCUUAAAUCAAAUCAGGAACUGAGGUCAGUCCCAGGUACCUACAUAGUAAAGGGACAGGAUGGACUGCUACAAGUUGUCCUCUACUUUACAUGCAUACCACAGCUUGCACACACACUUAAUGUACCACCAUAAAUAUAACAACAACAAAAAAACUAAGUUGUUUUAAAAUUCAUUUUAAAAGAAAUGAAAUUUUAGGUUAGCAUAGUAUUGGGUUCCAUUAUGACAUUUUCAUAUUUACAUUUUAUUGUACUCUAUUCUCAUUAGCUUACCACUUUUGGGAUAGAAUUUAGGGCUGUGGGUUUAGCUCAGUGGUAAUAGUCCUUGCCUAGCAUAUGUAGAACUAGUUUUUAUCUCCAGCCCUGGACAGAUAAUAUACAGCAAUUUACUUUCUCAUACAAGAAAAUAGCAUGGGAGCUAGUGAAAUGGUUCUGAGGGGAAAGCUCUUGCCAUGCAAACAUGAGGACCAGAUUUGGAUCCUCAGAACCCAUCUAACUGCCAGGUGGGCAUGGAGGCCCUCCUCUCAUCCCAAUGCUUGGGAAGGAAGAUGGGAAUCCUCAGGUGAUUUGAGUAGCUAGGUUACUUGAAUCCAUGAGCUCUGAGUUCAGCAAGAGACCCUGCUUUGAUAAAUAGAGUGGAAAGUGAUUGGGGACACCUGACAUUAUCUUUUGGCUUCCACAUGCCGUGUGCAAAUGUGUAACACACACCAGCCUGCAUAUAUACACACAUUAAAAAAAAAAUAACAGCAUGUUUGACUUCUGCUGCAGACUUUUACUGGCAUGCAGUCUCUUUCACAUGACAAAGCCUGAAAAUGAGGUUUUCUUUCUCUUCUGAUAAAAUCAUAGCCUUGUUGGGUGAGGUUUCCACUCAUUGUCCUUGCCUAACAAAUGAAAUUCUAAAGACCCUACCUGGACAAUCAUGCUGUGGGUUAGAUUUAACCUGAAUUUGAGAGGGUCAUCAGUUCAGUACAUGUAUGUAUAGAUUCUUUUGGUUUCCUAGACAGGUAGUCAUACCUGUAGAUAAUGACUUUUUUUUUCUAUUUUAGUUGUUAUUUUUACAGAAAUGAGUAUGAUGUCCAGCACACUAGUCAAAGUAGUAAAAGCGUAUUUUUCUUUAGAAUUAUAAUGAGGUAUGCUCUCCAUCAUACUGAUUUGCUUAUUAGGUAGUUUUUUUUUUAAUAUCUGGAUUUUACAUAAUGAUUUUAUAGUAUUUCUUUAUUGGUGAAGUAAAAUUCCUCUUGGAUUCAUUCAUUGCUUUCCCUGUAUCUUCUGUGAUGACUUGUACUCAUUUGCUGGUAAGACUAUAAAGUACCUAGGAUUUCCUUGGUCCAUAAUACCUAAUAAAUACUGGAAUGAGUAAAAGGACUCUAAAAUAAAAACAGUCAUUUAUUAAUGAUGAUUAUAUAUUUGUUGUCUCAUGUUAACCUUAAAUUCCUAGAUAUAUUCAACUUGGACAUUAAGGAUUAUUUUUGUUUUGUGUGAUUGCUGAGGAUCAAACAAACCCAGGAUUAGGCAGGCACUGCCACUGAGCUACAAUCUUGAGCCAAAUGGAUCAUUUUACUACUUAGUGUUGAUUAUGUUUACUCACAUAAAGCUUAUCAUAGAUAAUCUUGAGUAACAUUGACGUGUAAGUUUUCCUUGUGCAAGAAGGAAUGGAGCAGGGGAUAGGUAGAGUUUCUGUUUAGCAAUCAAUGUACAAGAUCCUGGUUUCAAUCCUCAGCACCACCAAAACAAAUUUUUGAAAUGAAUUGACUGGUUUUUAGCUGUAGAUUAGAACAGUGUCAUAUACUACAAUUAAGUGUAUUCCUCACUUUUCUAAAUUCUUAACCUGUUCAGUUAUCCUGAUCUAGAAUAGUUGAUACUGUUUUGGGUACCUUAUCUUAAACUGUUCGAUAUCUUUUAUGUUUAUAGGACACCUAAUAUUUACAAUAUCAUUUAAAAUUUUUGAGUAUAUUUUUCUAGGCAUGCUUUCAUUUUCACAUACAAAGCAAAAAUUUAUUUUUUUCUUAUAUUCCUAAUAUUUCCUGGUUGUAUAAUUAAAUUUACUUUGGGUCUGUCUUGCAUUCUGCAAUGAUUUCUUCUUAUAUUUCCAUUGAGUUGAUCUUGAAAGUAUCCAGUAUUCUUUCAGUGAAUAUCUGUCUCAAAAGCAGAAUGUGUUACCACCCACUUAGAGAUUUGAAGCCAAGUCGGGAGGGUCACAGAUUUAAGGGUAGCCUGAGCCUGGGCUACUUCGUGAGACACUGUCUUAAAAAGAUAAAAACCAAAAUAAAACAGUAAAACAAACAAGCAAACACAAAUGCACCCAAAGAUAGAGUUGGGGGCCUGGUUAAUGAUUUGGGAGGGAAGAAUCAUCUUGAAAUAUUUAAACUUUCUGAUAUAGUUUUUAUUCUAUUCACUCUGGUAGGUAUUUACAUGGCUCUCUCUCUCUCUCUCUCUCUCUCUCUCUCUCUCUAAAUAUAUAUAUAUAUAAGCUUUCUUUUUGUAUCCUUAGUUAAUUUUUUUUUUUGUGGGGGGUGCUAGGAUUCAAACUUAGGGCUUUACACAUGCUAACCACUGACUUAUAACCCAGCUGUAGAUGUGUCUUUUAUACAUACUUUAGUUGGAGUUUUAAAACUCUGAAUACUUGAAAAAUCCUGAUUAACAAUUGUUUUAGACCAUUAUGUAUAAUGCAAUGAGUAACAAAUUGGAUUUUUAGCAACUUGGUUUUUUUUUCUUCUGUAUUUGUUGCAUGUACCUUCUCUUUGUAAUGAUAUUUUCAUUGAAAUUUUACCCAGUGCUUGAAAUCUAUGUACUCCAUUUACUUUUAUUUUAGUUGCUAUUCUAAAACAUUAAAUCCAGUUUUAAAAUAAAAA